CAGCUUAUGGUACAUUUAACUGAUCCACACAGGCCAUUUUUCUCCUUCGCAUUUGUUUGCAUAUUUCUGUUUUAUCCCUAUUCCUCCCUCCAUUCCCUUCACCUCCGCCCUGACUGCAGAAAGCCACUCUCUUAUGUGUUUGAUACAUAUCCUUUUAUUUGCGUGUGUCCUUGGUUAUAUACUUAUAUUUUAAAAGUGCGUAGUGGUAUUCUGCCUGGACUUAAUUUUGUUUCUUUUUUUCCUUCAGUACCAUGUUUUGGGAUCUUACUGAUGUUGCUGUGGUUUCUCAGUGCUACCCCAGGUUCCACAGAUGCAUCUCCCAGAUUUUACUUCCUAGACUUACAACUUCCUCUAGGCUCCUGAGCUGCCUCAAGCUCCCUGCCACAACACACAGCCCUGGGAUAAAAAUUCUAUCUCCUUCCUUGGCUUUUUAAUUCAGUUUCAAGUUGCUGACUUGGGCUUCCCUUUAAUAAUCCUGGUAUUAGUUGAUGUCUGACAGGGUCAUACUCUUUGAUGUUGGUGAGGACCUAACCUUUCUUGAGCUGUGUUUAUUUUUGGUAAAUUGUGAUUCUGGUUCCCAGACACUUUUGGCAAAUACUCUUUUGUACUGCCCUCUUUCGUAGUUGAUCAUCUCAUAGGCUGUAAGGUUACUUUCCGGUUUCUUGUCAUCAUGAAUCAUUGCUGUAUACUCAUUCCAACCACAAAUAUUGGCUGAUUUCCUUUCCUGGUGAGAUGGUGGCCUGUUAAGCUGGUCCAGAGAGGACUGUGAUGCAGAAUGCUUCAGAGAGGGGCUCUGGAGCCAGACUGCCCAGCUUUAGUUCGAGAUCCUCUACUUUGCAGCUAUGUGACCUUGAGCAGUUUAUUUAAUCUGAAUUUCAUUUUGUGUUCUGUAAAGUGGGUCUCAUAAUUGUACCUGCCUCAUAGUGCAAUUGUAAGAAUUAAGUAAAUUAAUUAAUGCCAAGUCAUUAGAAUAGUUCCUAUCACAUAAGCCCCUAUGAAAUAUUAACUAUUAAUAGUAAUAAUUAUAGUAUAUUAUUUCCAACAGGUAUCCGUCUAUAUUUCGCUUGUAAUGGUUCAUAUCCAGUUAUAGGGUAUUUCUUCAGGGAGCAUGAAAAGAGGGGCACGUUUUCUAGACACGAUGAUGAACAAAUUCUAGUGUGAUAGUGUCAACCAUAAGAAGGGAGGACAUGAAUACAUCUCAAGGCCCUGUGUACCGUUUCUCCAUCACUCAUCACCUGUUUGAUAAGGUGGCGGCCAUGGAGCAGUGUGCAAGCGUGGAGAGAGAGGUGGACAGGGUCCUGCAGAGGUUCCUGACCUACGGGCAGCGCUGUGAGCAGAGCCUGGAGGAGCUACUGCACCACGUGGGCCAGCUGCGGGCCGAGCUGGCCAGCACAGCCGUCCAGGGAACCCCUCUGUCAGCCACCCUCUCCCUGGUUAUGUCACAAUGCUGCCGGAAGAUAAAAGACACCGUGCAGAAACUGGCUUCAGACCACAAGGACAUUCACAGCAGUGUUUCCCGAGUGGGCAAAGCCAUUGACAGGAACUUUGACUCUGAGAUUUGCGGUGUAGUCUCCGACGCAGUGUGGGACUCGCGGGAAAAGCAGCAGCAGACCCUGCAGAUGGCCAUCCUGGAGCACUUGUAUCAGCAGGGCAUGCUCAGCGUCGCUGAGGAGCUGUGCCAGGAAUCAACACUGAAUGUGGACUUGGAUUUCAAGCAGCCUUUCCUGGAGUUGAAUCGUAUCCUGGAAGCUCUGCAUGAACAAGACCUGGGGCCAGCAUUGGAAUGGGCUGUCUCCCACAGGCAGCGCCUGCUGGAGCUCAAUAGCUCCCUGGAGUUCAAGCUGCACCGACUGCAGUUCAUCCGUCUCCUGGCGGAUGGCCCUGAGAAGCAGCUGGAAGCCCUCAGCUACGCCCGGCACUUCCAGCCCUUUGCUCACGUGCACCAGCGGGAGAUCCAGGUGAUGAUGGGCAGUCUAGUGUACCUGCAGCUGGGUUUGGAGAAGUCACCCUACUGCCAUCUCCUGGACAACAGCCACUGGGCCGAGAUCUGUGAGACCUUUACACGUGAUGCUUGUUCCCUGUUGGGCCUUUCUGUGGAGUCGCCCCUCAGUGUCAGCUUUGCCUCUGGCUGUGUGGCGCUGCCUGUGCUGAUGAAUAUCAAAGCUGUGAUGGAGCAGAGGCAGUGCUCUGGGGUCUGGAGUCACAAGGACGAGUUACCGAUUGAGAUUGAACUCGGCAUGAAGUGCUGGUACCACUCAGUGUUCGCCUGCCCCAUCCUCCGCCAGCAGACGUCGGAUUCCAACCCUCCCAUUAAGCUCAUCUGUGGCCAUGUCAUCUCCCGAGAUGCACUCAACAAGCUCAUUAACGGAGGAAAGCUGAAGUGUCCUUACUGUCCUAUGGAGCAGAACCCAGCAGAUGGGAAACGCAUCAUAUUCUGAUUCCUGCUGGGGAGGAACUUUGUUGCAAGAGGUUUUUCACCCACAAGCCUUGGUCUGUCUCGGUGGGGGUGGUUGGCUUCCAUGAACUCUGGUUCAUUUCAGAGCAGCUGGCUGAGGACUGCCACCACAAGCAGGGCUGGCCCUUUGGCAGAGGCCAAGGAGGGAGAUGAGACAGCCUACAGCAGGCAACUGGCUUCUUGACUGUUAAUGGCAGGGAAACUCUGGCGUCUUGUACUCCUGCUCUUUAUAUUUGCUGUUGACUUAAGUGGCAACUGACAGAAUAGCAAAGGACUUGGUGGACACAGCAGAUGUCUUCCAUCCCUGCCCUCAAGCCAGGUCUCUUCCUGCUCCACCAAGGCUUGUGUCCUUUCCUCCCAUUGUACAGCCUCACAGCUCUAUGUCAUUUCCCCACUGUAGUCCGGGAUAGAACUGAAUGCCGUUGUUUUAUAACUGAGCAAAUAUAUGCACAGGCCUUCUCCUUA